AUGGAAUAUCGCGAGAAGCCCGAGGACAUUACAGAUCAGACCUCGCAGGGUGCCCAGAGUGGCCCUUCAACAAGCCAACCAAUGGCAGAAAGCAGUUCCUCGAGAUCAAGCAACGACCUGAAAAAACCAAAGAAGAAGAAGAAGAAAGUUGAGAUGGCGUGUGUGUACUGCCGCCGCUCUCACAUGAUUUGCGAUGACUCAAGACCCUGCCUGAGAUGUAUCAAGCGAGGCAUCGGGCACUUGUGUCAUGAUGAGCCUACACCGGGUAGACAACGGAAAAAGGGGACCAAUUCUGGCACAUCCACGAACCCCACGCCGCCCACUUCGACAAACUCUGUGCCCGAUAUUCACAAUACAACGAAAGCGUUACCUGAACCUUCUGGUCCCCAGCCGGACUUGGCCGGGUACCUGGCAGGUUCCAACCGACCUGAGCCGGGGUCUCUCUUCGUGCAACCUGGGCAACCCCUGUUACUGGCCCAACAAGUGGGCCGGGCUGGUAACGGUGGACAGUUUUUGGGAAGCGUUGCUCAAGGCGGCAUCGGCGGGGUAGGCGGGGGAACUGUGGGUUCGCUUCUGAAGAAUCUUCCAUUUAAUGAGGAACCUUUCUUCUACUCUGAGCAUGCUGGCAGUGAGUUCAGCUCCUUAAACGAUUUUCUUUCCAUGAUCGAUGAUCCUGAGCUCGUGAACGGUUCCCUCGGAGGAAACAACAACGGCAACAAUGCGGACUCGUUGCUGGCGUUCCUGAUGCCUCAAUCCGGCACUUCCUCGAAUGUCAAUAACCUACUUUCAUUUUCGCCAAGUAAUAUGCAACAACCAACUUUUGACCAAUCAAAUGAUCCAAACGUGAACCUAAAUCCAGAGCAGACUCAGACUCAGACUCAGACUCAGCCUCAAGGGGCCACGAACGGAGCAAAUUAUGAUAAUAAUACACUGCAGGUUGGCAACAAAGUUAAUGAUAAUCAGCAACAACAGCAACAGCAACCCGUGAUCUCUGACUCUGCAAGAGAUAAGUUUUUCUUGACCGCAGCAGAUCCAACUACAGAGAUCUCCCCCGAGGAAAGACUCAAGCAAGUUAUCAAGGCAAAAUUGGAGGCUGGCCUUCUACAGCCUUACAACUACGCUAAGGGUUAUGCACGUCUACAAAGUUACAUGGAUAAUUACAUGAAUCAAUCAAGUAGACAGAGAAUCCUCAAACCAUUAUCCAUUUUUCGCCCAGCCUUCAGAGCCAUUGCUCGAACUUUGAAGGAUGUCGACUUGGUACUUGUUGAGGAGAGCUUCGAGCGUAUGCUUCUAGAUUACGACCGGGUUUUCACUUCGAUGGCAAUUCCUGCUUGUCUCUGGAGACGUACGGGUGAGAUCUACAGAGGCAAUAAAGAGUUCGCGUCGUUGGUGGGCGUUACCACAGACGACCUCAAGGACGGAAAACUUGCUAUCUACGAGCUUAUGAGUGAGGAAAGCGCAGUGAAUUUCUGGGAGAAGUACGGGGCGAUUGCAUUCGACAAAGGCCAGAAAGCGGUCUUGACAAGCUGUAACUUACGAACAAGAGAUGGCUUCAAAAGAAAAAGUUGUUGUUUUAGUUUCACCAUCCGAAGAGAUCGCUACAAUAUACCAAGCUGCAUAGUUGGUAACUUCAUACCAAUCGAUCCGUGA